CCGUCAAAUCGUCAGUCAAACGUCAACAACGGACGUAAGUGGAAGUGUCUUAUAUUUAUCAUUAAGUUAUUCGCGAUGUGCUACAGGAAGUGACACUUUUAUUUUAUGUUUGAGUGAUCAAAAACUGGUGCAAAAUGUUAGCGGACGGUGAAAUUGUUGGUGAUGGGUCAUGGAACCUCACGAUCUACGUGACGGAUAUGAACGAGAAGCGUACAAUGGUUGUAAAGGGCGACAUGCAUAUCGGCGGGGUUAUGCUAAAAUUAACAGAGAGUUUUGGUAAAGAUUUCAAAAAGGACUGGUCAGAUCAUGCCCUCUGGUGGCCCACGCGCAACAAAUGGCUCGCGCGGCCCAAGCACACCUUGGACCAGUACGGGGUGCACGCGGACGCGGCUCUACACUUCACCCCCAUGCACAAACCGCUAAGGAUCCAGUUACCAGACCUGAGAUACAUUGACUGCAAAAUCGAUUUCUCCAUUGACACCUUCAGUGCUGUUGUUCAGUUGUGCAAAAGUUUAGGUAUAAGGCAUCCGGAAGAACUAUCACUGUGUUAUCCCCUCGAACCAUCUCACCUAAAGCAAAACUACCAGAACUUGAAAGAAGCGAAAAAAAUCAAAGCUUCCCAACCGCCAGACACAAACACGUUUAUAGCAGCAACCAGAGGGUCUUCGAACAGUCUUGAUAGGUCUUUGGCAUGUCCAGCAACUCCGCCCCCACCCAGGUCUUUGUCAGCUACUCCAGUAGCUUCACAACAGAAUGGAACGCUCCGGCGGUACGGUGGUCACAUUUACAGCACCCAAAGCGACGGGUCAAGCGACGGUGGCUACUGCGGCACCCCGCCACGAGCCGCUUCCAUGGACGCGCUGGACUCACUAGCUGAUCUUUCAUUGGCUGAUUCACCGCUGGAACCAGAUAGUCAGUCGCGUGAGACGCUACUCACGCCCAAAUCCUUGAUGGAACGUGCUAGAAUGAAUGUUGGUUGGCUAGACUCAUCCCUCUCCAUAAUGGAGCAGUACGUCCGCGAGUGGGACACGCUGCAGCUGCGCUUCAAGUUCUACUCGUUCUUCGACCUGACGCCGCGCGCCCAGGACGCGUCGCGACUCAACCAGCUGUACCAGCAGGCGCGCUGGCAGAUACUCAACCAGGAGGUGCACUGCACGGAGGAGGAGAUGCUGCUGUUUGCGGCCCUGCAGCUCCAAAUCGAGCUGCAGACCCUGGCUGGUGGUGGCGUAGAAGCUGCAGAUGGGUCCCACAAUAACAGUGCAGCAAUGGCUCCCGAAGACGAGAUCGACGCAGCCCUCAGCGAGCUGCAGGUCCAGCUUGAAGGUGGACCACCAGCUAGACCCGAUAUCACCCAUGUACCAGAAUUGGCUGGAUAUUUGAAAUAUAGAGGAAAGUUCCAUGGCGAUUUUUGUGUCCGCCAACGCUUCACACUGCGCGCAUACAAACGCGGUUGGGUGUCGUGUCGCGAUGGAGUGCUGCGCAUACACAGUUCCAGAGACGCUGCGGUCAAGGGUGAUCCGCCUUCGUACGCUGUGGAACUAAGAGGGGCUGAGGUGACUCCAGAUGCUCACCCUGCGUCAGGACGGUACGGCAUCAAGUUGGAGGUGCCUUCUGAAGACACCAUGCACGAAAUGUGGUUGAAGUGUGAAAAUGAGGAACAGUACGCGGAAUGGGUGGCGGCGUGCCGGCUCGGGUCGCGCGGGCGCUCGCUGGCCGACGCGGCGUUCGCCAGCGAGGCGAGCACCGUGCGCUCGCUGCUCGCGCUGCAGCGGCCGCAGCCCGGCGCCGCGCUGCACCAGCACAGCCUGCCGCACCUCGACCACCUGCAGCCCGACAACUACCUCGCGCCGCGCUUCCUCAAGAAGCUAAAGAGCAAGUUCACCCAGCGCGUGCUGGAGAGCCACGCGAACGUGAAAGACCUGCCGCUGCUGGAGGCGAAGCUGCAGUACAUCAAGACCUGGCAGAACCUGCCCGACUACGGGCAGACCUUGUUCGUGGUGCGCUUCAUGGGACACCGCAAGGACGAGAUCAUCAGCAUCGCUAAUAACCGCAUCAUGCGGCUGGACCCUAACACCGGAGACCAUAUUAAGACCUGGCGGUUUAGUACUAUGAAGGCCUGGAACGUGAACUGGGAGAUAAAACAUAUGAUGGUACAAUUCGAGGAAGGCAAUAUCAUCUUCUCGGUCCAAUCAGCGGACUGCAAAGUGGUUCACGAAUUCAUUGGCGGAUACAUAUUCCUAUCCAUGCGUUCUAAGGACGCCAACCAGACCUUAGACGAAGAAUUAUUCCACAAACUGACCGGCGGGUGGACAUAAAAAGUUAUUUUAUUUAUAGAAUAUAAUAUAAUCUUUAGUAUGUACAGACUUAUUGACGUGCCUUGUGAAAUUAUAUAUUUAAGUGUCAGAACUUUACUUGCAGUGUUCGCCUAAAAUUUUACAUUUCAAUAAUUUAACAAUAAUGAAUUUUAUGAAGAAUUUUAUUUUGAUACUUUUUAAUAAAACCUACUUUUAAUACGCAUCUUAGUUUUGACAACAGCA